GUUCGGUUAGUUCCCACUCAUACUCACACCAGACCCGAUGCUUUGUGCAUUCUCUCACUUCACCUUGCGAUCGCUACGGGGUGCCCUACCUAUAGUUGUCCACCGUGGGGUCACAAGGAUUUCGCUUAGUGAUCCAGUGACAGAAGCGACACCUGAUGUCAUUCUACAAAACCUUCUCACACCUGGUACCCCCGAUAGGCCCAAACCCAAGAUUCAAACCACCACUAUCCGGUCGUCCUUUGUCCCGGUACUUCGUGGUAUCAACGGCGUUGGACUAUUAAAAGUCCAGAAUACGACGGGAGCCCGAAUUUUCGUGUCCAAUGACGGUGUGGUUACGAUAGAAGGGUCAUCUGAUGAAGUUGUGGCACGGGCCUCUAAACUACUAGACCAGAGCCUUGUGCGGUUGAGUUUUCUCCAGCAGUCGUUGGUCCUUGACGAUGGGAUUUUUCAGGCCAUUAGUCGAAAGUACGGCAAUGGUAAAGAUUUCCUCGGGAUGGUAUUUGGCAGCAAGGAAGCAAGAACUAACGGUAUCAUCCACACAUUAGAACCGCUGCCCAGAGGAGGAACAAAGGUCACAGUAUAUGGUGACACCAUCGCAGCGAUAAAUGCAACUACAGGACUCAUUCAACAGCGAGUGCAGCUUCUAAAACAGAAUGUUAAAUCCUUCAUCAUUCCCGAUCUGGUUCCCUUACUUGAAUUUCUCGACUUACAAUUCAACGUCGCUGGCCUAGAACAGCUAGGUAAACUAACAACCACCACCUGUGUCUUCAAAGCUUGUCAUAAUCUGAAAGGAACACCGGUAAGGAUCAUCUUGGUGUAUAGCACCUCGUCUAGUGCCAUUCAAAAUGCUCUUAAUCGGCUUGGAGAUACCCUAUCAGCUUGUAUGAUGAGCAGAGUUGAGUUAUCCCUACCAUCGGCCUACGCAAAGAAUGUUUUUGGCGAGGCGGGAGGAAGCACUGAAAGCACACGGAUUAAAUCACCCCGUGGAACUUUGGUUUUAUUGGAAAGUGUGCAUAGUAGCGAACUGCCUGCCAACGAGACCCGGCUCGUGAACUUAUAUGGGCCUGAAAAAUACACUGUCGAACGGGUAGCUAGAGAUUUGAAGGCCAGAAUCGAACGAGUAGUUUCUUUCCAUGAUACCACUGGAAAGGCGUUUAAGGAAAUAACAAUUCCCAGUGAAUACCGGGCAUCUUUUUUUGGUUCGAAUGGGAUGGCUUUGCUGGAUAUUAGAGCUGAGACCGGUACUAUUAUUGAUACUGCCGUUCUGGCUUCCCAGGAGCAUAAUACCGAUAGGGUUUUGCGUGUAUAUGGUAUGUCUGAUUCGCAAAUUGAUCGAGCCCUUGAUCUCAUUGGCCGGAGGCUAAGCUUGUUGGGCGCAAACUCUCGACUCCUCAAGGUUCCCACCUUUCUCAUUCCUUUUCUCAUUGGUCCGAAGGGUAGAAAUAUCGAGUGUAUCAAAGCUCAUACAAAUACCACCAUUGAAGUGGAUUAUUCUACGGCUGAGGGCCCAGUUAGCUCGAAGACCACUAGUGGUAUCAUGGUUACAGGUGAUAAUAAAGCCAAAGUUAAUGAAGCGUACGCAUCCCUUUUAUCGCAAGUGUCACACUUGAAAGAAACGGCCACCGUAAUCCAAGUACCUAACAAUUACAUGGGCUUGUUGGUUGGUAAGGGUGGUGUAUUUUUCGAAAAAGUUAAAAAAGACACCGGAGCAAUCAUCCUAAAACACGACUCCGAGCCAAACUCCGAGCCUUGUACAAAAGCCGAGUCCCAGGUGUGUACCAAUCUCUUGAUAAUGGGUAUGAGAAAAGACGACGCCCAAACUGCUUUCAACGCGAUAUCAGAUCGUCUCGAAAAACUUCGGAAGGAAGUUAUCCCGCUCCGGAUUUCUGUGCUUCUAGUUAAUGCUUUCAUCAAGAAACGGGGGCCGAUAUCUCACAGAGCUUCCUUAUUGGAUGAUAUUUCUAGGGUAUCAAACACUCGUAUUUCUCAUUUAUAUGACGGUCGGUUGGCGAACCCAAAGAGAUAUGAUAGCAACAGACAUACUACAACCGUUAAUUAUUUGAUGGUCCAUGCAAAUAGUAACGCGGCCCAGGCCCUUUCCCUUAUUUCAGCCAAGUUGGAAAAAUUUCGGGAGAACAUGCAAUCCCUUUUGAUAUCGGAGAAAGUGUACCUGGAAAUACAGGAAACCAAGUUCUCAAGGUUGGAUGAAAUUGAAAAUGCCACAAAUACUGUUGUUGUCCUAGAUAGGGCCAUGUCCAGGAGUCAACUCGCUUGUCGAAAGUUGAUUGUGCUAGGGGAGAAUAGCGAAAGAGUACAGAAGGCAAUGUCCCUUUUACGUCAUUACUACAACUAGUUAAUGUUUUAUGGCAGUUCACUGGUAUGAGAGUAGCUAUCGGUCAUUUAGUGAAUACAGAAAAGUACCCAGGACCUGGGAAUCUCAUAGAUACUUCGAUGUUACCCA